UGAAUCGGAUGAGAAGAGAGACGCAUGCAGAAGGAAAUCAAAAGACGAAACAUCCGAUGAAGAGGAAGAGAUGACCAAGAGGCUCUCACUCUUCCAUAAAAACAAGGGCAAAGAGGAAGGACGUAAGGAGGAGACAAAGCAAGGGAACAGGGAGAGCUUACAGCGGUGGACCAAGGCAACCAAGCCUUUGCUGCUGAAGAAGAAAGCAGCCACAAAGGAGGAGCAACAUGAAGUGCCUCAUCAUUCAAAAGAGAUAGCGGAGGAAAAGGAGGAGGAGAAGAAAAGAAAUGCUCAGAAGAGUCCAGAGGAGAAGGAGCUGCAGAUGAUUGCUCGAAGAGCACCGGAGGAGAGGAGGGGGUUGGAGGAAGAAGGGAGCGCCAGCAGAAAGUCAGAGGAGCCUGAGAUUGAAAGUCUGGCAGCCAUCGAGUCAGAGCUUGAAAAUGUUGCCCAGAAACUCCACGAGCUGCGGCGAGGCUGAGAGAAAUCAAAGGGGGAGAGAGAGAGAGAGAGAGAGAGAUUGGAACAAAGUUUGACACCGCAACCUCCUCUGCCUCCUCGUCCUCCUCCGCUUUACCAGCUGCCUGGUUUCCACAGAGCGUGUGAAUGUGUGACAAGAUUUUUGUCUUUCCGCUAUUUUUCCUGAGGAGGCCCGACCGCCGCGGCCUCACUCGUGACGUUCACAUAGAGUAGCAUACAGUAGAUGCACAUUGCAGCUAGACGUGCAUACUAACAACACACAAGUGCGCGCGUACCGUGCAUUUGCGUGCGUAACAUUUCAGAAGAUUCCCGAAGAAAGGCGACUUGUUCAGCUUCAUUUUCUCCGACAAUCACGUCUGUUUCUGUAAACGUAUCUCUUCUGCUUUUUAGAUUAUCUCAACGGUGCGCACUGAUUCAUUGUGAAAGGUUAAGGCAAAUCCAGGUAUACACCUACAAGGUGAGGUUGUACAGUAAUGGCAUGUAUACAUGUACAAAGCUCUUUCUGGAAUGCGCAUUUACUUACAAAGUUAAAGAUAGAGAAGACUUAGAUGAUUGUCAUAGAUGCAGUUGAUGCAAAUCAAGCCAAGGCAAUAAGUGAUUUUUAGCGGAUUAAUGUCUGGAGUGUGAUCUGUACUGAAUUUAUGUAAGAAAAUCAAUAAAUUGAAUAGUUUAUCUGGAA